UCCGGAAUAUGAAUUUCCACAAUUAUAAUUGUCCGCGGAUGACAUGGUGAACCGGGUCCAGGCAAUAGUUCGUCUUUCUCCUCGGACGGCAAAGCGCUUCCCCGUGUCCCGCGCAGCGGCGCAGAUCUCCUCGAACACUGAUAAACCAAUAGAGCUAGAGCGAGAAACGAGAGAGAGAGAGGGGGGCCUCCUCGUGAUCGUGAUCGUGAUCGUGAUCGUGAUCGUGAUCGAGAUCGAGGGAUCUGGACCGUCGAUUGGUAUGGGGGCCAUCGUGACCGCGGUGGUGGCGAUCGCGGCGGUGAUCCUGGGGUGGAUCACCAUCGAGAUCGCGUGCAAGCCCUGCCUCGACAAGGGCCGCGACGCAAUCGACCGCUCCCUCAACCCUAACUUCGACCCCGACGCCUCCCUCGUCGCCCCACUCCGCGCCCCUUCUCCCCCCUCCUCCUCCUCCUCCGAUCCCUCCGCCGCCGCCGCCGCCAAGGGUGCCUAAAUCUCCUCCCCCGAUCCCUCCGCCAUCGCCGCGAUGUUGAUCCCAUUUCUGCUGGUUUGAAUUCCAAAAGGAGAGUGUUUAAAGUUGCAUAACACAAUACAGCACUUGUCUGUGGGGUCAGUGUGAAAACCUGUUAUUGCAGUGUAUGAUUCGGGUAUUACUCGUGAAAUGAAGAUCCUACAGUGCAAUUUUAUAACUGUCGAACAUCGUACCUCAGUAUUAUGUUUACUUCGUAAGAAGCAAUUAUGUCCAUGAGAUUGCUUUGGUGACCGUUAAUAGCGCUGAGGUAAUUGUAAUUUGAUAUCUGGUUUAGCUUUUUGUUCAUUUUCUUUCCAAUCGUUAUGCUGUCCCAUCCUCUCUGAUCAUUUAGAAGAACUCUGCAUUCUUCUUGCUGUUCACAUGAAUUUUGUUCCUUUUUAUCUGCCUGUUUUCGUUAAUCA